CCACGACCUCGCAUCAACCCGGGCUGCUCGUUCGGUUGGUUCGAUACUGCGCGAAAGAGCUUUCACAACCACGUUUCUACUAAUCUCUUGAGUUCGCGUCUGAGCUUUUAAUAGACUACAUCUUCUGCUGCAAUCUUCAUCUACUCAUGAAAAUAUUACGAUAAGGGACAAGCUCCGCGAAGUUCUGAAAAGACUACGUUAAAAUUCUUAUUAACCGUCCGCAAUCUUCCUUGUACAGAGUGUCCAAUUAUUGUAAGCUUUUGCAGUCGUACUCAUUACAUUAACAGUGAAAUCAUUCGAUUGACUUGUUUGACUUUCUCAUUAUAUUAUUUGCAACAAUUAUAUUGAAAGUGAAAAUUUCCGUGGUGCGCGGACUUGGUUGGAAAACAGGUAUAACUUUUAAGCGCGGAAUUCGGACAUGUAAGAAUUUGUGUAAGAGAUUGUGGUAUCGAGGAUUGAAGGUCGAGGUCGAGGGUGUGAGAAUUACAUCGUGUGAAGCAAGUGACGCCCAUCGGUUGUUUAUCCGAAGAACAGCGGAGUAUGGCGGAUGGGUGACAGACGCGGAUCCACUGUAGGCUGAAGGUGUUUUUCAGCGUCGGUGGGACCAUGUGAGGCUUCGACCAUGAGGAGUGGCGGCCAGAGUGGUGUAUGGAUAGUAAGCGUGAUUAUACUGUCGAUUGGCACCUGGGUGGGCAGAGUCGGGCCACGUCCAGCGGAUGGAGAGCUUGCGCUUCUGACAUCGCCGCGUGAGCGAUUGGAGACCGUUCGACAGGUUCUUUCUGAGGUGCCUUUGAUCGACGGCCACAAUGACCUACCGUGGAACAUCCGCAAUUUCCUUCACAACCAGUUGGCGGAGUUUGAUUUCGACAGGGAUCUACGUCAAGUCGCGCCUUGGAGCAAAAGCGCUUGGAGUCAGACCGACCUGGUCAGAUUGCGACAAGGCAUGGUCGGCGGUCAGUUUUGGGCUGCUUACGUACCGUGUGAAUCUCAACAUCUUNNNNAAGUGCAGCUAACCGUAAUGGGAGUGGAAUACUCGAAAAUAAUGUACCGCGAUCGACAGAGUGACAAUUGUAUUCAACUAUAUUUCUAACUUCUAGAGAUUUUGGAGGCUCACGGGAGGGGCAGAAUAGCUUCUCUGAUUGGAGUGGAGGGUGGGCAUAGUCUAGGAAGUAGUUUAGCCGUUUUAAGAACACUUUACCAGCUGGGUGUACGGUACCUUACACUGACACACACUUGCAACACUCCGUGGGCGAAAAGUUCGUCGGUGGAAGACGACGAUGAAGAUGGUAAAUUAGAUACAAGCGGAGGCCUGACAGCAUUCGGCGAGACGGUAGUUAAAGAAAUGAAUAGGCUCGGAAUGUUAAUAGACCUCAGCCAUACUGCGAGGGCAACUAUGAGGGAUGCUCUAAGAGUCAGUAAAGCGCCGCUCAUUUUUUCACACUCUUCUGCGUUCGCUAUUUGUAAUUCCUCCAGAAAUGUGCCCGACGAUAUUCUUAAGCAACUGGCUGAUAACGGCGGACUAGUGAUGGUCACGUUUUACAAUUAUUUUGUGAAAUGCGGACCUCAAGCCAGUGUUUCGGACGUGGCCGAACACAUUUACUAUAUUAGAAAUCUGAUUGGCGUGGAUUAUAUCGGAGUCGGCGGAGAUUUCGACGGCAUCAACAAAACUCCUCGUGGUCUGGAAGAUGUUUCGAAGUAUCCCGAACUAUUCGCCGAACUUCUCCGGAGUGGCAAGUGGGACGUGCUUGAGCUAAAGAAAGUCGCCGGCUUGAAUUUACUGCGAGUUCUCACACAGGUAGAACGUGUGAGGGAUGAUCUGAGGACAGCUGGGAUUACACCGCUUGAGGAAUAUCUUCCAGACUCACCGGACACGAUUGGCAACUGUGCGCUGGAUAUUAACUCCGUGCAAAGGGUCACGGAAGUCUGAUCGAUCGACUGUAUGCAUUGCCCGACGACACGCAAAUUAAUCUUAUGCCAGCACGACCGUUCCACGCAGACGGGUAUGGCCGGAAGACAACCAGUCAUGUCGAGAGCAUGGAUUCAAGGCGAAAAUUCGAUUAUCUCGUUUACUACGAUCUGUACGCUUGCGAAAGUUCUUCGAACCUCGUGUGAAAGCUCAAUUGAACGUCGACAUUUGCAAAAGCUCAAAAUAAACCUACCUCGAUACCUGUUUCACAAAGGCGACGAGCAGCGGAUAUCGAUUAUGCUUUACUUAGAAGAAGGUAUAUUUGCACGUUAUAUUAAAAAGUAAUUAUUAA